CCAAAUCCACCAAAUCCACCAAAAACAUCACUACAAUACCGUCAAUUGAGCCACAAUAACAACAACGCGAUUUUAUCGCUGCGCAAAAUGGCCGAGCGCGCCGAUUCUCCCGACGACGGCGACCCUUUUUACCUCACACCCGACUUGCCGGCUCGCGAGCCGCCCGCUCCGCCUGCAAGGCCCGUGACGGCGCUCCCAUACGACCACAACCUCCUCAACCACAAAUAUGAAUCUAUCAACAUAUUGAUGCUUGAGCUUCAAGCCUGGGCCAAUGAACAGGGCUUUUCCGUCAAGAAAGAGCGUGCUUGCAACUACAUUAAGGGCUUUGGACCUUCGCGAGUCGAUAUUUCCUGCCUCCAGGAUAAAUUACGGCCCUCAGAGGCACAUUCUAGCGAGACAGACACCAUAAAGCGUGACUGCUGCUUCAAGGCAGUUGCAAUAGCUUUGGCUGACAACAACAGGCUACCGCAUUUGGAAGUAUAUUGACGGCGGCGACGGCGACGAGGUGCAAUUGCGGGCGGAUCAAUUGGUAAUUGAUCUGGACUUGGGUGCGCUGGCUUCAUUCCAUGGAUUAGCCUCUUUUUUGGUGCGAAAAGUAGGGUUUUGGUGGCUUGGCACCACGGCGCUUUGUACCCUACAGUCCGA